AUGUCUUCCCCAACCUCUGCCAACCCGGCAGAGGUGCCCCGCGAUGCUGUCGGCGGUCCGCAGAGAGAAGCGAGGUUUACUGAGGAUAUCCAGGGUCAGCAUGGUUCUUAUCAGCCCGAGAUUGGGGAAGCCGAGGCCCCUGCACGUCAUUCUGCACUGAGAAAGAAGGAUUCCGUGAGUCGAAAAUUUUCUGUUGAGCCCACUUGUUCCAAAGAGUCGGGAAUGAACUGUGCUCACAAUUCAGGGGGACAGAUGGAGAGCCCGAAUUCCAUCUUUUACAGUCCGAUCCCGACCCAUGGGAAUCCCACCGAGGUUUUGGCUGAUAGAUUCGCGGGUACGUAUACCUCUUUGCCCCCCCCCCCCCUGUUUCUGGUUGGUAAGUUUGUGGGCCAAUUUCACCAUCUGACCAUCUGGGCGUCCAGCUUGGAGAAGGGUCUUGAAGGACUUCAUCACCUACUUCCGCGAGGUCCAGACAUCGUACGAGAACCGUGCCAAGGGGAUCAACAGGAUUGGCCAGACCUUGAACGCUGCCGUGCACCCACCAGAGUUUGCACGUUCCGGAGGUAUCCUGGAAACGACUAACGUGCUUCGCGAGUUCCAAAGGGAGUCGUAUGUUUAUGCGGAGGAUGCCGCUAGGGUCCAAGCUCGGAUCGUCAAUGACCUGACGGCAUUGAGGAGGGAUCUCGGUGACAAGAUAAAGGAGAUCAAGGGCUUGUCUGGCGAUUUUAAGAGUUCGGUUGAGAGGGAGAAGGAGGCUACUCGCAAGGAGAUUGUUAAGCUCACCGAUGCGCUCACAGCGAUUGAUUCCAAUCCCCAGGGUGCUGCCGGGAAGUGUGACCCUUAUCUUAUCAGGCUAGGUUUGGAGAAGCAGCUGAAGCGUCAGAUCGAUGAGGAGAAUUAUCUUCACAAGGUUAGUUGCCGCUUUGUGCAUGUAUUGCUAUUUGUGUCCCCUGUCUGAUUGCCCUAGGCGUAUCGCAAUAUUGAGAAUAGCGGGCGCGAAUUGGAGAGUAUUGUGGUUGCAGAAGUCCACAGAGCCUUUGAUAUGUAUAUCAAGGUCAUCAGGCGGGAGGGUGAGGGAUUCCUGGAUCUUGCGCAGAGGCUUGACACCACUACAAUAAAGGCUCCUAGAGAUUACGAGUGGUGGUCCUUUAUCGAGCGUGAUCCGAACAUGGUCCACCCUUCUGUGCCUCUUAGGUCUGUUCAGGAUAUUGAGUACCCCGGAUAUAGGCAUCCGGCUGCCACAGAGCUGCUUGCCGGCUUGAUGGAAAGGAAAUCAAAGUACCUCAAGUCUUACACUCCUGGAUGGUAUUUUCCCGGCGCUGCUCUUGUUUGUUUACACUUUCACCCUGCUAAAAUAUCCUAGGUAUGUGUUGUCGCCAACACAUUUGCAUGAAUUGUGAGUUUUGAAGGAAACAUUUUACCCUGUGCCACGAGCUGACCUUCUUUUAGCAAAACUUCGGAGCGAGCCACUGAUUCUGCCCCCGUGAUGUCACUGUACCUCCUAGAGUCUUCGCUCGGCAAGCAUUCGGAGCCGGGUGCAGACUCGCAAAAGUUCAUACUGAGGGCUCGCCAGACCGGUGUUCUUCAUAGGUAAUUCCGGUUGUGCGCUGUUUUCUCUCCACUUCUAAUUGCAUUUAUAGGGACCAUAGCUGGGUAUUUAGGGCGGGGUCUUAUGAGGUGAUGUUUCAGUGGUAUGAGAAUAUCAAGAAGCUCACUGAAGUUUCUGACGAGGAGCGCAAUGAUUAUGUUGCUGGGGCUGUUCAUCGCCGGACAGAGUCAACGACCGAGGAACCUGAGGCCGAAGCUGUAGCUGAUGACUGGGAGAAUGAUGAGGCAGACCAAGUUCCUUAUUCAGCGGAAGCAAGUGCUCUUGGGGAUGGUCCCCUUGAGCCACCGAAACCCGUUCGGCCUGAAGGAGGAAGAUUCCCAAGCGAUAUCAAUGUUAAUCGUGGCCUCGCGGGGACUGAGGGAGCAACUGCUGAGGGAGACUCUAGUGGGUCGUUAAUAGCGGCUGCUGGGGCUAUUUCAGGAGGUGGCUGCGGUCGCCCGGAAGAGGGCUAUAUAGGACCUGCUGGGCAGAGACCGCGAAGUGACAGUCAUUCUUCUACCUGGUCAUAUGAUGACAAGGUAAGAAGCUACCUGCUUUACUCGAUUGCCCGAAAUAUUUACUCACCAAUGAGGAAAAAAAGCACCCUGCCCAUUCGACUCUGGAUGAUGAUGAUGAUUUCCUCCCAGUUGGAGCCGAUGUGCCCCCCGCGGUGGAGAGACGCAUGUCUGUCAAACAUGACUAUUCCCGUGAGCAUGAGCCCCGUGAUAGUGGUGCUUCGGCCCGCAAGGGCCCUCCAUCCCGCAAGCCUACCGCGAGCUACGGGUGCGACCCCGUAACCGGCCAGCCGGAUACCGGGAUGGGUUCACCUUCGCAACAACUCGCGAACAUCGAUUGGGCGCACAUACUCGCGGUCUCUGAAAGCAAGCAUGCUGCCCCCGACGCUGCCUCGCCGACGCUCUCGAGAAAAACCCCCUCCCGAAAGCCCACAGCCAGCUAUGGCAUUGAUCCCGUCACGGGGCACCCAGAGCAUGGUCACCAUCAUCAUCUUGAUGACUCGCACCAUCCUUAUCCUAUAUCUGAGAAUCAGCCCAUUAGGACAGAGGUCAGUUCUUCCGUUAAAGAUCCUGGCAGUCAACUCACUACUGAGAGGCCGGGAACCAUUAGAACUGAAUCGAAGACCACGAUCAGCGAUCUCCACGUCCCCGGCGAGUAUCCCAAGCCUAGUUAGGUUUUGCGCCCAACUUGGCAACUCUUUUUUUCUUUUUCUUUUCCUUUUGCUCAACAUUUGGUUCUCUCAUGUCACACCAGAUUCCUGUCCCUGUUCUUGUUUUCCCAUGUAACCAAAAUUCAUGAGGCGGUCUACGCUGUCUCACGUGGCAUGCCAUUGAUUGGGGUGAAGUGGCGGCACUGGUAAACUGUUUUGGGCUUUCGUCUGAUUGUUCACUUUGGCUUCCCCAAGCCAUACCUCGAAUUAUUAUUGAUUUCUAAUAUAAACGAGUGAUAUACUAUGACUAAUGAACCACA